AUGUUGGGCCUGUGGGUGACAAUGACCACCCCUCAAAAUGAUCCUAUUUUAUAUCAGCACUUGUUCUGGUUUUUUGGUCAUCCAGAGGUUUAUGUUCUUAUCUUACCAGGAUUUGGAAUUGUUUCUCAUCUAAUCAGCAGUGAGGCUGGAAAAUUAGAGGUAUUUGGAAGGUUGGGUAUAAUUUAUGCUAUAUUGACUAUUGGCAUCUUAGGAUUUAUUGUUUGAGGUCAUCAUAUAUUUACAGUUGGAAUAGAUGUAGAUACUCGAGCUUAUUUCACUUCAGCUACUAUGAUUAUUGCUGUUCCCACAGGAAUUAAAAUUUUUAGUUGGCUUGCUACUUUGGGUGGAAUAAAGUCUAAUAAAUUCAGGCCUCUUGGCCUUUGAUUUACAGGAUUUUUAUUUUUAUUUACUAUAGGCGGAUUAACUGGAAUUAUUCUUGGCAAUUCUUCUGUAGAUGUGUGUUUGCAUGACACUUAUUUUGUUGUUGCACAUUUUCAUUAUGUUUUAUCAAUAGGAAUUAUUUUUGCUAUUGUGGGAGGAGUUAUUUAUUGAUUUCCAUUAAUCUUGGGUUUAACCUUAAAUAACUAUAGAUUGGUGUCUCAAUUUUAUAUCAUGUUUAUUGGAGUAAAUUUAACUUUUUUUCCUCAGCAUUUCCUUGGUUUGGGGGGAAUGCCUCGCCGAUAUUCAGAUUAUGCUGAUUGUUAUCUAGUAUGAAAUAAAAUUUCUUCUGCGGGAAGGAUUUUGAGUAUUAUUUCUGUUAUUUAUUUUUUAUUUAUUGUUUUAGAAUCUUUUCUUCUUCUGCGUUUAGUAAGAUUUAAGCUUGGUGUAAGCAGACAUCUAGAAUGAAAAAUUAAUAAACCAGCUCUUAAUCACAGUUUCAAAGAGCUGUGUUUAACUUUUUUUUCUAAUGUGGCAGAAAGUGCAGUAAAUUUAAGAUUUAUAAAAAAGAUUUUUAUUCUUCUUUAGAAAUAAGAAUGUGAAGAAAUGUGAGAUUUCAAAAUAGUGCUAGUUUUACAAUAGAACAAAUAACAUUUUUUUAUGAUUUUUCGUUUUUGACUAUUUUAAUAAUUUUGGUGUUUGUUAUGUAUAUAAUGGUUUACUUAACAUUCGAGUCUUUAAUUAAAUGUUAUGACUUAGAUAAUCAAACUAUAGAAUCUUUUUGGACAGUUUUACCUUUGGUAAUUUUAGUUUUUCUAGCUUUUCCAUCUAUCCGAAUUUUGUAUCUAAUGGAUGAAAUAAAAAAUCCUAUGUUAACAUGUAAAGUGUUAGGUCAUCAGUGAUUUUGGAGCUACGAAUAUAGAGAUUUUAGUAGUUUUGAAUUUGAUUCAUAUAUAGUCUUUAAUUUAAUGCGGUUGCUAGAAGUUGACAAUUGUUUUGUUAUUCCACUUGGCUUAAAGAUGCGUCUUCUAGUUUCGUCUGUAGAUGUUCUUCAUUCUUGGACUGUUCCCGCAUUUGGAGUAAAGGUUGAUUCUGUUCCUGGGCGGCUAAAUCAAUUAAAUUUUACGGUUAAUCGAUUGGGUGUUUAUUUUGGGCAAUGCUCAGAAAUUUGUGGAGUUAAUCAUAGAUUUAUACCUAUUAUGGUAGAAGUGGUCUUAAAUCAGGGAUUUUCUGUUUGGUUAGAAAAUUCAAGGU